GUGGUCCUUCAGGCGUCGCCGUUGCAUGGAAACCAUCCAUGAUAGAAACCAAACUGGAGUGCUUUGGGAUAUCACGCCUAACACCUAGAAACCUAAUGAAUGUAGACAAUUGUUCAUUUUGUCAUGUAGCACGGAGCAGUAAUGUACAAACGACAGUAAGAGUAUCAUUUGUUAUUAAGUCUUUUCAUUCUGUUUGCUAGCAGGAUGUUAGCCUUCAGAUGCUCACACUGAACGGAUCCGUCAAUGGUAUAAUAAUGCAAGAAGGCAGAUGUUAUUAGUGUGUGUAUUGUUGCUGCCCUGCCCUAUCCUAGGGUUCAUAUCUAUUGAUGUAAAGACUGAAGAACAAUUGAAAUGAGCGAUAUCGAGCCGCAUCGCGCCACGUUUACCUCAGCUAACCGACAAGUUAGCUAACACUCAUUCUUGACAGCAGCUGUCGGAUGCUAAGCUAGCGGCUUAAAUAGCCUGUGUUAGGUAGUCACAGAUUUAUUAAGACAAAAGGUGCUUUAAGCAUUCUUUUCAAAAUAAAAGAUUGUCCAAACAGGGAACAACAUGGCCGGAAAUGGAAACAAUAUCCCUGAACUGGACCAAAAUAAGUAUGAUGCAGACGAACAAGUGAAGAUCAUCUGUCUGGGAGACAGUGCAGUGGGGAAAUCCAAGUUGAUGGAAAGGUUUCUAAUGGAUGAAUAUCGUCCUCAGCAGCUGUCCACUUAUGCGUUGACACUUUACAAACACACAGCCAAUGUAGGAGGGAAGACAGUGGCAGUAGAUUUCUGGGACACCGCUGGUCAGGAGAGGUUUCAAAGCAUGCAUCCAUCGUACUACCACAAAGCACACGCAUGUAUUAUGGUUUUUGAUGUGCAAAGGAAGAUCACAUAUAAGAACCUGGCCAACUGGUAUAAAGAGCUGAGAGAGUACAGACCAGAGAUACCCUGUUGUGUGGUUGCCAACAAAAUAGAUGCUGAUAUGAAGGUGACACAAAGAAGCUUUAACUUUGGGAAGAAGCAAGGAAUGCCAUUUUACUUUGUGUCGGCAGCUGAUGGCACCAAUGUAGUUAAGAUGUUCAGAGAAAUGAUCAAAAGAGCAGUGGAUUACAAACAAAACCCCAGCGACUUCAUGGAUGAAGUGAUGCAAGAAUUGGAGAAUUUUGACCUGGAGAAGAAGGAAGAUAAUUCUGAAGCAGAUGAGGAUGGAUUAAAAACAGAGAGUCCAGAGCUGCCCUGACAUUUUGAAACAUCUUCCUUAACCUCUGCACAUCUCAUGGACAAUUUGUCCUUCUCUGAGGGUAAUGCUGUGAGUAGAUUAUAUAUUAAAUCACAGUGGAAGACACCUUACUGACACCAUUACUUGGCUCGUUAAUGUAACUUUGGUACGCUUUUAUACCAAAAUGUAAUUCCAGCACUGGAACGUGUCAGACCGUCCUCUAAGCCAGGUUAUAACCAACUGCCCUCCACCUGUCUAGUGACACUGGCAGGAAAUAUAGAACUGGUGAAAUAAUUUAAGAAUGUGUUAUUUGCCAGAUGUGUUUUGCUGCUAUUAAAGCUUUGUCUUUAAUACGUUUUUUUCUUUUUUAUAAAAAUACCUGCUUUAAUAAUAGUAUCAAAUCUUAUGAUGUGGGUGAAUGUUUUCCUGACCGAGAAACUCCAGUUACUUUGUGUCAUGUACUAAGAAUGUGAAGAAUUGAAAACUAACUCAUACACAGCAAAGAGAACGUGUGAUUAUGAAGCCUGUUUGCUGUUGUUCUCAGCGUUUGUGUGUAGUACGGUUUGCAACGCCAGCAGGGAGCUACAUCUGUUGGCUGAUUUAUUUGCAUUUAUUUUGUGAAGUCUGUUUUUCCAGCACCAUUUAAAUGAAAGUUUAAUGUACCAUGUAACCAGAUUGUGAUAAUGUGUCUCCAGCAAUGGGCACAAGGGUACGUAAUGUAGACUUUGCAUCAGCGUUCAGUAAAUUACAUUUAUAAGAAAUACAAUAUACGAAUAGGUAUGAGUUUUACAGAACUGCUGAGAGGUGACAUUGGAGUCCUUUGUAAUAGAUCUGAGGUGUGUAGUCCAUCAUCUUGCAGUUUAUCCUGCAUUUUAAAUAUGUAAAAUCAGUGAAAUGUAUUUUUUUUUUAUAGCCAAUCUAUACAUUAAACCAAACUUUGAUGUCUAAUUACAUUUCAUAUGACAUUCAGUUAUGUUGUAUACAAUGCAUGUUUUUGUUUUCUAUUUAUAUUUGACUGUCUUGUGGCAUUUACCAUGAAUAAAUCACACUGGAACUU